AACUUCUUGCGAGCAUGGCUUCCAUCAUUGCGUCGCCUCUACGUUGGGGAAUCUGUGCGGGAGGGGAAAUAUCAAACGAUUUUGUUUCCAGUUUACAAGGCCAUUCCGACAGCCAUCUCGUCGUAGGUAUCGCAACAAGAUCGUUGGAAAGAUCGCAGAAGUUUGCGACUAAAUUCAAGAUUCCAAGCGCCUAUGCAAGCUAUGAAGAGCUCGCUCAGGAUCCAAAUGUUGACGUAGUCUACAUUGGGGCCAUUAACACAGCACAUCAUGAUCUGUGUAUGUUAUUCCUGAAUCACAAGAAACAUGUAUUAUGUGAAAAACCACUAGCACUCACCUUACGAGAAACACAAGAUAUAUUGAAAACGGCCAAGAAGAAUGAUGUGUUUUUCAUGGAGGCAAUGUGGACCCGUUUCUUUCCCGUCAGCGCUAAGAUCCGGGAACUUGUCUCAUCGGGGCAACUUGGUGACGUCAAAUCUGUGCUUAUAAAUUUUGGAAUAUAUACACCAGACAGAGAAAGAACGAUAAAAAGAGAUUAUGGUGGUGGAGCCCUCUACGACAUGGGUGUGUACAUGGUCUAUAUGACUACAAUGAUCUUCAAUGGAGUAGCACCGAUAUCAUCUAUAACAAGUGGGGUCCUCAAUGAUGACGGAGUAGAUGAGAUGUACACAACUGUGAUGAGGUUUCGUAACAACACCAUGGCAACGCUUUCAUGUACAAUCACAGCAGACUAUCCAAAUGAAGUCUUUAUUAGUGGCACGAAAGGGCAUCUAAAGAUUCCGGGUCAUUUCUGGGCUCCCACUGAGCUGAUAUGGUCAAAGACCACUGGAGAACUCAUCGAAACGUUUCAAUAUCCUACACCAGAAUCUACGGUGGAAUAUUCUUAUGGACCUCUUUGGUCUGGUAUGUUAUACGAAGCAGAUGCAGUGAAGCAAGCUAUCGAUGAAGGUAAAACUGAGCACGCCCUGAUGCCUUGGAAGGAGACUGAAUUGGUUGCUAGUUUGCUGGAGAAAGCUCGUCUUGAUCUGGGUAUCGUCUGGGUUCAUCAAGGCCAAUCACCUAUUGUUGUUCUUGCUUGAAAUUGAUUAGAUAAUUAUCCGGGGGGGGGGGGGGCACUUCCAUUGACGAGU